CGAGUUCCAGUGCAUCUGAUCAGCAUUCAGUUACCACAAUUGGCAAAAAAUGCAUCCCAUAGGACUGACCUUAGUCGUUGGAAUUCUGUACCUGGUCGUUGGAUAUGGCCAACCAGACAAGGAGGAACUGAAAGGAGAUGGCUUUUCCAUGAGACUAGAAUAUUACGAGGAUGAAGAAACGGCACCCGCCCUGGAUCAGGCUGGAGAAGGUAAAAUUGAAACCCGCAAAACGGGGCUGCCGGAAGUUUGCUCGCGAAGUGAUCCCGAACUGUCCAAGUGCAUCACGAAUGUCAUGAACAGCAUUCGGUUCAACCUGGCGGAGGGAGAUUUCGGGUACGGACCAUUAGCCCCCACACUGGAUCCGUACCGGAUCAAGCUGCUGGAUAUUGAAAAUGGGCAAAGCUUUAAAGUGCUGCUGCGUAAUACGACAAUCGGUGGCAUCGGAGACUAUCAGAUCGAAAAUCUACGUCAGGACUUGUCACAGAAAAAGUUUACCUUCCGCUUGAAGCUGCCCACGCUGCUCACGAAAGGAAAGUACGACCUAAACAUGUAUAUUUUCCUGCUUCGAGUGUACGGCAAGGGAGAUUUCAACAUGACACUCAUUGACACGAUAGCGGAUAUGACGGCGCAAUAUUUCCUACAGGAGCAAGACGGGAAAAACUACGUCAAAUUUCGUCCGAUGGACGUCAGGCUGCAGUUCGGUAAGGCCAGUUUCUAUCUAGACAAUUUGUUCGAUGGUGACCAGAAUCUGGGACAGAUCGGAAACAGUGCCGUAAACAAUUAUCCGUACUUGCUGCUGGACCAAGUUAAGACCGGCAUCGAAACACACCUGAGACGAUCAGUUACCACAAUGGCCAACGCUAUUGUGAACGGAGCGGAGGAAAAUGAAAUUUUGCUACCGUGAAUUUUUCUUCAAUGCUAUAUUAGUUGUACUGAGCUUCACUGAUUAAUAAAACUCGCUUGAGUACAGUGCCCUUCUAAAAAUGAUUCUAA